UUCCUUACAAAGAAUUCGAUUAUCUGAUCUUCCACCCUUCUCUUCCUUCAUCUUUGGCUUGAGCUAGCCCUUCAAUUGAAAUGGGGCGCCCUAUUUUCUUGUUUGCUUACGCUUUGCUUCUUCUUCUGGCUGCUUCAACAGCUUCAGCUGAAGAAAUAGUGGAGCACACAUUCUAUGUGCAAAAUUUGACUGUUAAUAAGCUAUGCAACAGCCAAGUGAUUACUGCAGUAAAUGGUGGCCUCCCUGGCCCAACAAUCAACGUUCAAGAGGGUGACAUAGUUAUUGUUCAUGUCUUUAAUAAGUCACCUUACAACUUGACCAUUCACUGGCAUGGAAUUUUUCAGAAACUGAGUGGCUGGGCAGAUGGACCUAACAUGGUCACUCAGUGUCCAAUUCUCCCAGGAAGUAAAUACACCUACAAAUUCGGAAUCAUUAAACAGGAGGGAACCCUCUGGUGGCAUGCUCAUGCCUCUUGGCUCCGUGCCACCGUCCACGGUGCACUCAUCAUCCGCCCCAAAGCCGGCCACUCUUACCCAUUCCCUAAGCCCUACAAGGAAGUUCCCAUCCUCUUAGGUGAGUGGUGGAAUGCUAAUGUCAUUGAUGUGGAGAACCAGGCGCUUGCCACUGGCGCUGCUGCUAACAUUUCUAAUGCCUACACAAUAAAUGGACGGCCUGGUGAUCUAUACGCAUGCUCUCAAAACAAUAUGUACAAGCUUAAGGUGGAGCAAGGGAAGACCUAUCUCUUACGUAUUAUCAACGCUGCACUCAACAACCAGCUUUUCUACAAGAUAGCCAAUCAUAAUGUGACAGUCGUUGCCGUUGACGCCGGCUACACCAAACCUUAUGUCACCGACGUCGUGGUUACCGGCCCUGGGCAGACAGUCGACGUUCUGCUAACCGCCGAUCAGCCGGUCGGGUCGUAUUACAUGGCCGCAAGACCAUAUGCAAGCGCAACUGGUGUGCAGUUUGAUAAUACUACAACGAGGGGCGUCGUCGUCUAUGAUGGUGCCCCAUCUUCAGCACCGCCGCUAAUGCCAGCCCUCCCUGCAUUCAAUGACACCCCCACGGCCAACAAGUUUUACACCAACAUUACCGGAUUGGUUGGCGGGCCUCACUGGGUCCCCGUCCCACGUAACGUGGACUACAAAAUGUUCGUCACCGUUGGGUUGGGGCUCGAGCUUUGCCCAGCAAACACUACUUGCCAGGGUCCGGUCAAUGGGACGAAAUUCUCUGCCAGCAUGAAUAAUGAAUCCUUCGUGUUACCCACCAGCUUGUCUAUGUUGCAAGCCUUUUUCUUCAACGUCGGUGGAGUUUACACCACUGAUUUCCCUGCCAAGCCCCCAAUUCAAUUUGACUACACCAACGCUAGCAUUAACAACAACCUACCGUUGUUGUUUGCUCCAAAAACAACCAAGGUCACCAAGCUCAAGUUCAACUCGACUGUACAGAUGAUCUUGCAGAACACAGCUUUCAUUGGAGUGGAGAAUCAUCCCAUUCACAUCCAUGGCUUAAACUUUCAUGUAUUGGCUCAAGGGUUCGGAAACUAUAACCCUGCCACCGAUAGAAAGAAGUUCAAUUUUAUCAACCCACAAAUGCGCAACACUAUUGGCGUGCCAGUAGGAGGAUGGGCUGUCAUCAGAUUCAGACUUAAUAAUCCAGGUGUAUGGUUAAUGCAUUGCCACCUAGACACGCACUUGCCAGUGGGCCUGGCCACCGCCUUCGUGGUUGAAAACGGACCAACUCCGGAUACAAUCUUGCCUCCACCGCCGGUAGAUCUACCACAAUGCUAGGGACAGUUGAUCGAUGAAAGACGUUGAAGUUCUCCUUGACGAUGAUAAUAAUUUCAAGAUUGCAUUUCACAUUCACUAUUUCAAGGCAAUAUAUUCUCGAUGUAAUAAAUGAUAUUAUUCAUUAACCUAUUCUUGUCAAAAGUCAAAACUCUAAUAAAAUUCCUUUAA